AUGUCAAGGAUGCAAGCCAACGAGAUCUUGGAGAUGCUCACCCAACUAGGAUCUCCUGAAAUUGAACAAAGAGAUGCAGCUUUCAAUCGACUUGUCCGAUUAGAGGCAGAAAAUGUUGAUUGCUCACAGGCAUUUUUAGCAAUUGCUGGAAUAAGAACACAAGAUGUCAAAAAACAAAUUAAGAUUCGAAGGUUUAUUGGUGUGUAUGCUGAGAGAUAUUUAGAAAACGAUCCCAAAGCAGCAUAUUUAGUUUUAGAAGGAAUGAUUAGCGAUUUUGAAAGACCAGAUCCUCAACUCAAAGCAAUUGUUGUAAAACAACUCGGAAGGCUUAUCAAUGAAAACCUUGCUGACCGAUUUAUUCCUCUGAUAAUCAGAAGCUGCUCUUCUGAUGAUCCUUACGUCCGAAAAACUUCCGCACUCGCAUUACUAUCUAUAUAUAAGUACAAAUCAUCAUAUAUGGAGAAAUCCAAACUUGCGACUCACUUAAAAUGCUUAGUCGAAGACUCAAAUCCGAAUGUUGCUGCAAAUGCGAUUUCGGUUGUAUACGAAAUCAACCAAUCCCGCGAUAAACCAAUCUUUGAGCCCACUUUUACUACAAUCAACAACUUAUUAGCAUCAAUCGACCAAACAACAGAAUGGCAGCAAGUUCAGAUCCUCGAUUACGCAUGUACGUACAAUCCAGAUACAGCUAAUGAUGCUAGGAACAUCAUAUCAAGAGCAGCAACAAGAUUAUCCCACGCAAAUGCCGCAGUCGUAUUAUCUGCCAUUAGGUGCUGCUUAACAAUGAAUCUUUACAUAGAUGAUCCCGCCAAGGUCAGAGAGACUUUAACUCGCUUAGCUUUGCCUUUAGUAACUUUAUUGAAUAAUUCACAUCCAAUUCAAUACACAGCGAUCAAAUCCAUAUUGAUAUUACUGCAGCAUUACAGAAGACUCUUUUCUUCAGAGGUUUCAAUCUUCUUUUGCAAAUUUGAUGAUCCUCCUUACAUAAAAUUGGCAAAAUUAGAUGUAAUUCUGACAUUAUGCAGUGCACAAAAUGUUGGUAAAGUACUUGAAGAGCUUUACGAUUACGCACAACAAGCAGAUGUCGAUUUUGUCAGAAAAUCUAUUGCAGCAAUAGGAAAAAUCGCAAUUACGUUCGAAGCAGCUGCAUCAUCAUGCGUUGAUAAGAUCGUAGCUCUCGUAGAUAACAAGAUUGAAUACGUUGUUCAAGAAUGUAUCGUUGUUGCAGCAGAUAUCUUCCGCCGUUAUCCAAACAAAUACCUCGGAAUUCUUACUAACAUCUGUGGUGCUCUCGGAUCAAAACUCGAUGACCACAGAGCGAAAGCAGCAAUGGUUUGGAUUUUGGGAGAAUACGCCGAUAGAAUUGGAAAUGUCGGAGAUUUGAUCGAUGCAAACUUUAUCGAUGAUUACUUGGAAGAAACUCCUGAUGUUCAACUCGCAAUUUUGACUGCUGUAUUCAAAUACUUUUUGGUCGACCAAGAAGAUGGCCAAGAUUUACUUCAACAAGUCAUAACAAUGUCUACAAGCCAAGUUGAUAAUCCGGACAUAAGAGAUAGAGCAUUUCAGUAUUAUUGGCUCAUUUCGGAAGCUCCUGAUUACUGUCAACAGAUAGUUAUGCCAGAAAGUAAGCCAACGAUUAAGACCGAGCUAUUUACAUACGAUUCAGACCUUGUUGAAAAAUUAAUUCCGAAUAUCGGAACAAUUUCUGUUUUAUACAACAAAGUUCCUGAUGAGUUCGUCGAAACAGUUAAGAUUAUGACACUAGAUAGUCUCGACAAACCAGAUGGCGAUACGAAUAUCGCAUCUCGUAUGGAAAUUCCAAUUGUUGUUGAUGGCAAGAGCACAAACUCAUUAGAAGUAAGAGCUACAUUACUUCAAAUCGGCCAAGACAAUCAAAUCGCUAUGAGAAUUACGAACUUUAAUGAAAAUGCGGAUCAAAUCAAAGAUAUUGCAUUUAAUAAGAAUGUUUUCGGAUUUGCUCCUCAAAAAGAAGGUCUUCCAAAGGAUUUACCUUCUCAAAAAUCUGUUUCAUUAUCUGUCAAAUUAUCAUUUGAUGCAAAUUACACACAGGGUGCACAAAUAUCAACAUCCAUUGAUGUUGCUAUCCUUACAAAUAAUCCUUCACCAAUUAUCUUCAAAGUUCCAAUGAAAUUGGAGUCAAUUUUAGUUACAGACAAAGAAGGAGGCAAACUUGCAAGGGAAGACUUCAUAAGCGUUUGGCAGUCUAUUCCAUCAAGUAAUGAAUUGACAACUGUUGUUAAUAAUGCAAGAGUCGAUUCAAUUCCAGUUGCAAAGAAUCAGUUGGCAGGAAAGAGAUUGUAUUUCGUUGCUAAAAAGGAUAAUACAGCAUAUUUCUCAGGAAAAGCUAUCAAUAACGAAAUGUGCAUUGUAUUUCUUACAUUUUCUGAUUCUGGAGACGCACAAGCUGGCAUUAGAAUGGCUAAUCAAGUUAUUGCCCCUCUUAUCUUAGAAUUGGUCAAAAAUGUAAUUGUUUAA